GAAAUGCGCUGGCAGAUGGGGGAGCAAGUCCGAGGUCUUGACUCUCAGGCAGAGAGUCGGCAACAGUUGCUCCAAGAUGUGGCUGACUUCCUGCGCCGGAAGGCUGAAGUGGAACAAGAAUAUUCCCGAGGACUUGAGAAAUUGUCUGAACGCUUCUCGGCUAAGAUACGUGGCUCCAAGGAGCAUCAGAAUUUCAGGAAGGAUCAGAAUCUCCCUUCUCCUUUGAAUUGCUGGUAUACAAUACUGAAUCAAACACGGCAGGCAAGCCGGGAUCAUGGAGCACUGAGUGAAAUCUACACAGGGCAUUUGGUGCUUCGGUUGGUGCACAUCAGCGAGGAUGUGGGGCGAUUGGCCCGGAAAAGCAAAGAGAUGGAACAGCAGAUGCAGGAUGAGCUCCUGAAGGCAAUUUCAGAGUUGCAGAUGGCUAUGAAGUCAUACCAGACAUACCGCAUUGAUUGUCUGAAUGCUGAGGCAAAGCUGCGUGAGGCUGAACGGCAAGAGGAGAAACGCAGUGGCGGAAAGCAUUCUGAUCCUAGUGGAUCCCCGGGUGGGGCAGGACUUGACAAAAACCCCCGUCGCACUUCACUUCGGAAGGUGGAGCGCCUCCUGGAAAAGAGACAGUCAAAAUUCCUGGAAAGCAAGCUGAAAUGUGCCAAGGCUCGGAAUGAUUACUUGUUGAAUCUACACACUGCUAACUCUGCCAUGAGCAACUACUAUGUACGCGAUGUGGCCGACCUGCUAGAUUGUUUUGACCUUGGUUUCCACCUUUCGCUGGGCAAAGUACUGAGGACCUACCUAGCCGCAGAGUCACGGGCCCAAGCAUCUUGGCAACAGGGCCUAUGCGCCAUUGAAGGGGCAGUUGAUGCUUUGGAUCCAUUGGGAGAUAAGUCCAGGAUGAUGGAGGCCAACCCUGCAGCUUAUUGCCCUCCUCUGUCAUUUGACUACCAGCCUCAUGAAGGUGAUGAGGUAUCUGAAGUCCGGGCUGAGGGUCCACUGAGAAAUGAACUAGUUUCCCGUUUCCAGCACAUUCAGUCCCGCCUCAAUGCCAUCACCCUGGAGACAGAUGAAGUCAACAAGACUCUGAAGGCUACCUUGCAAAGUCUGAUAGAUCUUGUGACAGCAGAGGAGCCAGAGGCACUUGAUGCCUUUCAAGGCUGUCAGUCUACAGAGUCACUCAAGUCCACCGGUUCUGAUGCUGGUGGGAAGCAAGCAUUGGCAAAACGCCGGGCCAACCAGCAAGAUACGGAAAGCUUCUAUAUCAUGAAAUUCAAAGAAUAUCUCUCUGGACGAAGUAUUCAAACAAAAUUGCAAGCAAAGCAUGACCAAAUGAAGGAAGCGAUAGAGAAAGGUGCUGCGGUGGAUAGAGAAUUAGCCAGGCCACAGUCCCAGCGCAUCCGGCGGUCCCGCCCUCCCUCGCACUAUCAUCACCAGCUCUUCGAGGGUGACCUACAGGCCUUCUUGGAGGCCUCAGGCCAAGCAGUGCCCCUUGUGGUGGAAAGUUGCAUCCGCUUCAUCAACCUCCAUGGCCUCCAGCAUGAAGGUAUUUUCCGUGUGCCUGGAUCUCAAGCACAAGUAGCAGAGAUCAGGAAUGCCUUUGAGAAAGGUGAGGACCCCUUAGCAGAUAGCUAUGUACAGCAUGACUUGGAUUCAGUGGCUGGAGUGCUAAAAUUGUACUUUCGGGGACUGGAGAAACCUCUCUUUCCUUAUGAUAUUGUUCCUGAGCUGCUGGCCAAAGCCCACCUGGAACCUUUAGCUGAGCGCAUCUCACACCUCCGGGCUCUCAUUUCUCAGCUUCCAUCUGCAGUACUGGUGGUUCUGCGGUACCUCUUUGCUUUCCUCAACCAUUUAUCUCAAUACAGCGAUGAGAAUAUGAUGGACCCCCACAACCUAGCUGUCUGCUUUGGCCCCACCCUGGUGACGGUACCUGCGGGCCAGGAUGCCGUGUCAGUGCAGCCUCACAUCAAUGAGGUGGUAAAGUGCCUGAUCGUCCAUCAUGAAGCCAUCUUUCCUGGAGUUAAUCAGUUGCCUGGGCCCCAGUAUGAGAAAGUCAUGGCUCUGGCUGAAGAAGAAUACUGUGAUGUCUUGCCCCUUGAGACUACAGCAGAAGAGCCCGAGACUGAGGGGACCCCAGAAACUCCAGCAAGUGAGGAUGAAGGCGACUCCCAAUCAGAAGCUGUGCCCCGCUCUGGUCCCAUAGCUCAACCUGAAGAGCGGUUUGUGCGAGGAAUCCCAGUUGGCUGGCGGCGAGGUGAACGUGGUGGCAACCGAGGAUUAGUACCACCCAUUGUCUUACCAGACAGUGAAAAACAAUCUAACACCCGCAGUUCCAGGUUAGAGAUUGAUACUGGACCAUCUCUGGAGGAACUGCUCCCUGAACCCACAAGCAGGCUGCGUGUCAAUUCAGAUGUGAGCCGCCAGCGUGGAGGGAGCAGCCCCAUUCGCAAAUUGGCAUCACCGUUCAUGGAUGGGGGCCGCCUGCCCUUUCCCAUCCUUCAACCAACCCAGGCCAAGACCUUUCACCCUGUUGAUCGGCCAGAUCGCUGGAAUGAAGUUUCUCCACGGAACUGGGCUGGCAAUAACUUUGAGAGACAAGGACCAGUGGAGAAACGGGUAGAGAUAGACCGGGAGGUUGCCAGAAAUAUGGAUUCUGUGUUCAAAGAACUUCUUGGGAAAACUACUCUGAAGCACACAGGGAUUUGUGACCCUCCCAAUCAUUCUGAACCCCCAAAGAGCAAUUCUUUGGCUAAGAAGGGUAUCACCCCUGCCAAGCCAGCCUCUUCAAACAGGGCGCUUCUGCGGGGCAAAGGGGUCUUCAAGUCUUUGGGAAAUGGAGAGUAAGUCAAAUUUGACAUGGGGAAAAGCACCCCCAUUGUGACUUGCCCAAUA